GCUAUAAGGAGGCGGGAGCGGCGCGAGCGGGGCCGUUAAACGGGCGGCGGCGGCGGGGGUGAGGCGAGGGACGCGGCGGCUGCAGCCGCCCCUGAGGGGACCGUGAGGGAUACCGGGGGGCCCCCCCGUGAGUGGGACUCGGCUUGGUGUCGGGCGCAGGGGCCAUGGGCGAGCAGAAGGCGGUGAUCAAGGACACGGACAUGGCGGAGGAGAUGCAGCAGCAGGCCGUGCAGUGCGCCCUGCGGUCCCUGGAGGAGCGCGGCGUGGAGUUCGACGUGGCGGCGCGCAUCAAGAGGGAGUUUGACAGGAAAUACAAUCCCACGUGGCACUGCGUUGUGGGCAGGGAUUUUUCCAGCUGUGUCACUCACGAGACCAAUCGCUUCAUCUUCGUCUACCUGGGUCACCUUGCUGUGCUUCUCUUCAAGUGUGGUUAGAGCAGCGGACUGCUCCUCGCGCUGUCCUCCUGUGACUCAGCUGUGUGCUAACUCAGAGCCUGGCGCCUGCAGCCUUACCGAGGAAACAGAUCUUGGGCUUCACGGGUGAUGGCAGGGAUUCUGCUGGGGUGAUCGGUGUUUUUAUUGUACUUGAGGGGAGGAUAGCAAAAAUAACCAUUCCUUGUAUUAACUUUCUUUCCACAGCCAGGUUCUUUUGCCAAUAAAAAAUGUUGUUCUGCCUUUGAAA